CGCCCCGAUCGUCGCACAGCUGUUUGCCUCCCUCCCUCCCAACGUCCCCCAGCCGCCGCAAGAACAUGUGAGGGUUGCGAAUCCCCGGCGCAAAACCAGAAUUAGCCGGUAUCUCGCAUGCCUGGCAAAGCCUGCCGGCUUCCAAAUGGCAAAAUACGGGAUGGAGGGGGGAGGAGGAAGAGGAGGAGGCUCAGGCAGGAGGCGAGUUGCCUUCGGGACAAAAGGGCGAUGAUCGGGGCCAGAGAUCGGCGAAAAUCAAGCCCAGCCCCUCCUCGGUGCCGGAGAGGAGCCCUCCAGGCGCGUGUCUGAAGAUGCCACUCCAGGCUGCCGCGACUGUAGCGACUUCGAGGAAAGCGCCGGCGGAGUCGCCACCGCAGCUCGGGGGCAGCCGGCAGUAGAGCGAGUCCUUCGGGAUAUGGAAGAGAACAUGUACACCAGUCGUGAAGAUAUUGGCUGUGACUAUGAAGAUGAAUCAAAACGUGGGGAGAAGAAGCUGAAGCCACACCCCGACAUUGAUGGAGGAUGGGCUUGGAUGAUCGUCUUUUCAUCUUUCCUGGUGCAUGUAAUUGUCAUGGGAUCACAAAUGGCCCUUGGAGUUCUCAACAUGGAAUGGCUUGAAGAAUUCAGCCAAAGUCGAGGCCUCACAGCAUGGGUCAGCUCCCUCACUAUGGGCAUUACCCUCAUUGUAGGUCCUUUUAUCGGCUUAUUCAUUAACACCUGCGGAUGCCGGAAGACUGCAAUAACUGGAGGAAUCUUGAAUGCUGUUGGAUGGAUAUUAAGUUCCUAUGCCUCAAAUGUACAUUACCUCUUUAUUACAUUUGGAGUUACAGCAGGUAUUGGGAGUGGCAUGGUAUACCUGCCUGCUGUUGUCAUGGUGGGAGAAUACUUUCAGAAGAGAAGAGCCCUCGCUCAAGGUCUCAGUACAACUGGGACAGGGUUUGGUGCUUUCCUGAUGACAGUUUUCCUGAAAUAUCUUUGUAUGGAGUUUGGCUGGAGAGAUGCAAUGUUCAUCCAAGGUGCAGUCUGUCUGAACCUGUGUGUUUGUGGAGCACUCAUGCGUCCAAUUUAUUACAAGGAGGAAACUACUGAAAAAGAGGAAGACAGAAACAGCAACAAAACUCAGAAAGACUCGAAAAGGCUUUCCUGUUCGGCAGAAACACUGACUUCUAACGGUGUCUUAUGUGAAGAAGAAAAAGAACAAAGCAAGGAUCAUAAGCCUGGGAGUCUUUCAGCCUUGGAAAGCAAAGAUGAAACCCAGCUAGGGAAGAACAUCUAUGUCCUUUGCAUUCUGAAGACAGUGAGCCGACUGACUGUUACAAUCCAGAAGGGCUUUGGGACCUGGUAUGCUAGUUACUUUGGAGCUGCGUCCCUCUUCACCAACAGAAUGUUUGCAGCCUUUGUAUUUUGGGCUUUGUUUGCAUACAGUACCUUUGUUAUCCCAUUUAUCCAUCUUCCAGAAAUAGUCAAACAGUAUAACCUGUCUGCACAGAAUGACAUCUUUCCCUUGACCUCAAUUAUAGCCAUUGUUCAUAUUUUUGGCAAGGUCAUCCUUGGAAUCAUCUCUGAUUCACCCUGUGUCAGUGCUUGGAAUGUCUUCAUGGCAGCUAACGUUACACUUGUCAUCUGCAUUCUUAUUUUGCCAUUAAUGCAUACCUAUGUGGGACUGGCUGUGGUUUGUGCCCUCAUAGGAUUUUCCAGUGGAUAUUUUUCCCUUAUGCCUGUUGUCACUGAAGAUUUGGUAGGGAUUAAGCAGCUUGCAAAUGCCUAUGGAAUCAUAAUUUGUGCCAAUGGGAUAUCUGCACUGCUUGGACCACCGUUUGCAGGCUGGAUUUAUGACCUCACCCAAAAAUAUGACUUUUCUUUCUACAUAUGUGGUUUGCUUUAUAUGGUGGGAAUCCUGUCAUUGCUCAUCCAGCCUUAUAUUGGAAAGAAAAAGACAUUAGCAGAAAAAGGCAUUGAAAAUGGAAAAGUAUGAAACAGUUUACUGAAUGUUUUUAAAAAGUGUCUUUUCUUCAUUUUGCUUUCUAAAAUCAAUACCAAACAGUUUCUCUUAUGGGACCAAAUGGACUGAAAAGCACCACAGUGGACACAAUAAAGUUCACACUGCCACUAUCAAUGAACCAGUGGAAGAAGCCUUUGCUACACAUAAAACAAUCCACUUGAAAGCAGAACCCAGUGCCUAUACAAUGGGUCAACAGCUGAGAGCUUUGACACACAACUCAACAGACUAGUAUGCAGUUGCUCCUGCAGUACACUAAUAGGAAUCUGGAAAUCUCACUGGGAAUCACUCAUGUCAUAAUAAAUUCUUAUUGGCUAUUCUGUCAGUUGUUGAACAGAAACCAGUUGCCCCCUGUGCCAAUUAUGUAUGAAAAUGUACAACAGUUUCUCCAAUUCUUUCUUAAAGGGCUUCUGGCAAUACGGUCCUUUUGAAAGUUUCUUUAUGAGAUAAAUCAUUUGGGUCUGCUGUGAAACAAUUUGUUCUAUACAAGGUACUUGAAAUUCCUGUUGGUAUCUAUUGGCAAAUAAGUACCACGGUGACAAAAAGAUCUUUAGAUGGUAACAAGCAGGGAGAAGUACCAUGAUUCUUGAAAGGUCCUUAACCACACUGGGAUAAUUCACUGUCGCUUCAGCCCACUGAUUUCAAUAAACUUAGAAGAGUAUAACUGUGUUUAGAAUGGCAUUGUUGAUUUCUCUGGUUGAUGUUUGGAUUAAGAGUGCAUAGGAUAUAUCGCCGUUGUCAAUCCAGCACCAUUGACAGUUGCCUUUAGUUGCAGAACUACAAUAAUUACUUCUCUGUUCUGCUUCAGUAGCUCAGAGGUAGAGCAGUAUCAGGAUUAUAUCUCUCUGGCUGUGCCUGAUCUUCUCCCCUUUAGUAGUUUAUAUAAUAAGCUUCUGCUUCUGUCAGUAUCCUAUGCAAGGCAUGUGUGGGUGGGCUGUUCAGCCAUCUGAUUCUAAAUGACUGUAAGAAUACAACAGUAGGGUUCUGCCAGUCUUCCAGCCUCAGUAGUGCUCUGCACCAUGAAGUAAGUUGUCACCAGUACAGAAGCAAUCUCAGUGGCUGAGACUGUGCAGAGGGGUGAGUAGCAAAGCCAAGUUCCAGUGCUGGCAUCAAGGUCUAUGUUCGCAACAGUGCUCCAUAUCCAGUGCCUGAGUCUAUGCUGUGCCUUCCUUGUGCAGCAGAAGCAGGACUGGUUCUGAGGGCUGAUUUAUUUCAAGACUGUUUUAUAUGUGGUUAGAAUGGUGCCAUUGUGUAGUGAAAAUGCAGUAUGCUAAGAGCCAGCCUAUGCAUUACACUCAAGCAUAUGCUUCUUCUUGGCAAAGCAAGCUCCACCAUUAAUGGGUGAUUUCCAGCAGAAAAGCAACAGAGGUGAUGAAGCUGCUUUCCCCCAGUGGGGACUCAAAGCAGCUUUUAAAACGAGGACAAAAUUACAGUUAAACAACAAUAGAACAUAUAAACAGUACAACACUUCAACAUCAUGGGGAGGGGGCUGUGGUUCAGUGGACAAGCAUCUGCUUUGUAUGCAGGAAGCCCCAGAUUCAGUCCCUGGCUCCUUCAGUUAAAAGGAUCAGGCAGUAGGUGAUGAGAAACCCCAAGUCCCUGGAUAGCUGUUGCUAAUCAGAGUAGACUGUACUGGUCUUGAUAGACCAAUGACCUGAUUCAGGCAGCUUCAUGUGUGGGCAGUUUGGGCUGAAAUAGCAUACUCAGGGUGACAGGCUGUGAGCCAGGACCAAGAGCCUGUGGCUCACUCCAAAGGCUCAUGCUUCUGGCUAUGGCUAAGCUUAACUACCUGUAACAAAGGAGGGACAGAAGUCCAGUAUAGAUCUCAGCUUCUCUCCUCCAACCUCCUUCAUCUGUUCCUCAUUGAGUGCUUUUCUAUUAGAACUCCCUCCGAGCUACAUUAAACACCUGUAGGAUUACCUUGGAAACAUAAAUUGGGACACAACAGAGGGGGAAUGGUGGCUGGGAGAGGGGAGCGUUCCAGUGGGAAAGUGGCAGGAAGAGAGUUAAGUUCUCUCACCCAUCUUGUCUGCUGCAGAUCAGCCACUUGCUUCUGACAGCGUCUUCACUCAGAAGAGUGAAUUUUAUGUACAAGUGUAUUUGUGGUGCGUCAUUUGGCCUUUUAGUGUAUGGCCUUUUACCUCUGGAUAUAAACAUUUUACCAAUGUAUCAAGGAAUUCUUUAAAUAAACUGUUUCUGAUUCCCA